AUGGCGCAGGCGGAGCGCGAGCAGCUGAGCGUGGUCAUGUUCCCAUGGCUCGCGCACGGCCACAUCACCCCGUACCUCGAGCUGGCCAGGCGCCUCACAUCCGCGGACCGCCGUGCCGCCGGCGAUAACAUCGACGUGACCGUGCACCUCGUCUCCACGCUCGUGAACCUGUCGGCGAUCGCGCGGCACCAGACUUCGCGGAUCCGCUUCGUGGAGCUCCACCUCCCGGCGCCGCCGGACCUGCCGCCCAAGCUGCACACCACCAAGCACCUCCCGGCCCGCCUCAUGCCCGCGCUCAAGCGCGCGUGCGACCUCGCCGCGCCGCGCUUCGGCGCGCUGCUCGACGAGCUCCGCCCGGACCUCCUCCUCUUCGACUUCCUCUACCCGUGGGCGCCGCUCGAGGCCGCGGCCCGAGGCGUGCCCGCGGUGCACCUCAGCAACUGCAGCGCCGCCGCCACCUCCUUCUUCGUCCACUGCCUCGGCAGCGCCUGCGCCGGCCGCGCGUUCCCGUUCCAGGGCGUCGGGCUCGGCAGCGCCGAGGAGGAGGCCAAGUACACGUCCAUGUUCGCUGUCCGCGACCACCCCGACGCCCUGGUCCCCGAGCGCGACCGCCUGCUUCUCAGCCUCGCGCGCUCCUCGUGCUUCGUGGCCAUCAAGACGUGCGCCGACAUCGAGCGACCCUACAUGGGCUACCUCUCCGAGCUCCUGGACGGCAAGGAGAUCGUCCCCGUCGGCCCGCUGCUCGUGGACGACUCCGACGCCGGCGGCGCCGGCGCCGGCACGUCGCCCGAGUCCGACCGCGUCACGCGGUGGCUCGACGCCCAGUCCCCCGCCUCCGUGGUGCUCGUCUCCGUCGGCAGCGAGUACUUCAUGUCGGAGCAGCAGCUGGCGCGGAUGGCGCGCGGCCUGGAGCUCAGUGGCGAGCGGUUCUUGUGGGUGGUGCGGUUCCCCAAGGGCCCCGAGGACGGCGACGACGCGGCGCGCGCGCUGCCCCGCGGGUUCGCCCCGGCGCCCCGGCGCGGGCUGGUGGUGGAAGGGUGGGGGCCGCAGCGCCGCGUCCUGGCGCACCCGGCCUGCAGCGCGUUCCUGUCGCACUGCGGUUGGAGCUCCGUGCUGGAGUCCCUGGCGGCGGGCGUGCCGAUCGUGGCGCUCCCGCUGCACAUCGACCAGCCGCUGGGCGCCAACCUGGCCGCGGAGCUGGGCGCCGCCGUGCGGAUGCCGCAGGAGCGGUUCGGGGAGUUCCGGGCCGAGGACGUGGCGCGCGCGGUGCGCGGGGCCAUGCGCGGGGAGGAGAGCCGCGCGCUCAGGCGCCGCGCCGCGGAGCUGCGGGAGGUGGUGGCGCGGAACGACGCGGACGGCGCGCAGGUCGACGCGCUCGUCCAGCGCAUGGCACGGCUCUGCGGCAAGGGACAGCAGCGAGUGGCCGUGCCCAACUGA